CCGGGAGCGAGGGCGCGCGCGCGCGCACGGUGAUUGGCUGCCGGCGGCGGUGGGAGCGCGUUUAACGGCCGCGGCGCCCCCGAACCGGGGGGAACAAAACAAAGGCGGCGGGUCAGGAUGUACCGGCCGGAGCGCGGCCCAGGGGCGGGGAGCGCCGAGCCCAGAGCCCGGCACGGACUGUGACCCCCCUCCCCAACCCCCGGCCGCCGCCACGCGCACACGCCGCUCUUUGUUUUCGUUGCCCGUCGCUGCGGGGCUCGUGGUGUCCGUGUCCGGGCGCAGCUGACGGAGCGCGGCGCUGCCGGACCGGGAGCGGAGCCGGUUGUGACUGUUUCUCUUCUGUCAUUUGUGUGGAAAGUGCCACACACACUCCAGAACAACAACGGCUUUUGCUUGCAUAUUCCAGUGUUUCUUCUGUCAGCGAGUUCAGCAAAGUUGCAAUUCUUCCAGUGCCAGCCCUGAGCUGAGUGAGGAGCCACCAGCAGAAAUGGUAAAAAUGACAAAGUCAAAAACGUUCCAGGCUUACCUGCCCAACUGCCAUCGGACCUACAGCUGUAUCCACUGCAGAGCACACCUGGCCAAUCACGAUGAACUGAUCUCCAAGUCCUUCCAGGGCAGCCAUGGCCGUGCCUACCUGUUCAACUCGGUGGUAAAUGUGGGCUGUGGUCCAGCAGAGGAGAGAGUUCUUCUGACAGGUUUACAUGCUGUGGCAGAUAUCUAUUGUGAAAACUGUAAAACCACUCUUGGAUGGAAAUAUGAACAUGCUUUUGAGAGUAGUCAGAAAUACAAAGAAGGAAAAUUCAUCAUUGAACUUGCCCACAUGAUAAAAGACAAUGGCUGGGAGUGAAUCAUAACCUUUUUCCUUCUUUUUGGACAAUACUCUGUGGAACGUGCUUUACAAAGACUAAUGCAAAGCAAAGGAAGAGCUUGGCUAGAGUGGCCCUGAGAAUAUCACUGAACUCUGAAACCUCACAGAUGAGUAGUGUAGUGUAAGUGGCUAUUUCAGGCCAUGUUUGCCUUUUCUCCUUGUGUAAGUUCCCUCUUUUUGUACGUGUAUUAUUGUGUGAACAGUUGUUUUGGAACAUUUUGGAUGACCUUUUUCUAAACUCAAACUAGAGAAACAGUUCACUAAUUGAAAAUGGAUUUUACUGGUUAGCGUCUGUUUUGACCUAUGCCUUUAAUGCUACCUUCUGCUGUGCAUGCUCCUUGCCUAAACACCUACACUCCGAUCCCAUAGAAAUUCUGUAUCUGAGAUGUCUGAAAGAAUGUAUGGGAUGGGGUGCAGAUUUCUUAUAUGUAGCAAUUUCUGAUGUAUUUGGCAGUGAAGGGGAUGCAGUAUUGUAGUUACUGAUUUCUUUUUACCACAACCUGUGUACAUCUUGUGGGUGAGUUGGUUAAAGGUACAGUGCUCAGUUUAAAAACAUUUCAGUUGCACUGUCUGAAUGAGCGGAUCUGAAGCGUCAGGAUGAGCAAUGCCAGAGGUUCGGUAUCUCAAAAAAAAACAAACCUGAGAAGGAUUUGAAAUCAAUAAUGCUGUAGAACAUGUUCAACUCAGACCAACACGUCCCCGAGGAGUUUCCAGGAUAGGAAGUUUAUAAACUUGUAGCUUGAAAGAUGGAAAAAAGAAACAAAGAAAAAUAUAUGCAUCUUCUAUUUUGGGAAAAAAUUAGUUGGUGUAUUAGAAAUGAAUUGGUACUGUACCUUCGCCAGUAACAGGGACUUGUGCAUUGGUAGAGUUCUAUGGCUGGUUCCAUGUGACUGUGUAGUCCUAAUGCACUGGACAAAGAGGUUGAUAUCAAGGAAACUCGUUGAAGUAUUCUGCUACAUUUGAACAAAAAUAUUUAUUUUUAUGAGGAAUGGUCAGUGCCUAUGAGAUGAGAAUUAGUAUCCUGCGUGUAGGGAGAGAUGGGAAGGAGAGGGAAGGGGAGUUUUCCUCAUUUUUUUUCAUAAACUAAAUUAACAAGGUAGUUUUUAAAAUGUGAGGGCAGGGGGGAAGGGGUUUCUUGGUUUGCUGGCUAAAUCAUCCCCAAGUACCUUUUUAUAAUAAAAAUUUAUAUGAAACUUACCUUCUCUUUUGAUCUCCCACCAUUUCUUAACAGAAAUGAGUUAAUGAGAGAAUCUUCCAGGAGGUGUGAGUACAAUUUAGGUGUUGGUGUCAGUGCAUGCGCAUUCUCAACUUUUAAAGGAAUGCUCUACAUAAAUUUGCUGACUUUGUUUUCAAACUGAGCAGUCUCUGAAGACCGUUUGUAUUUUAAUCCUCUUAAUGCUUGUGGACAACGUGUUUGGGGGAAAAAAUCUUUUAACACUACGUGAAGGGUAGACCUGAACAAGACAGAAGCCUUGCAAUACAAAAUCAUUGUCUUUCAAAAACAAUUCUGAUAUGGCACCUGCACAGUUCAGCCCUUGGAGCCGUUGCUGCUGUUACGUUUUUGGGAAUCUCUGAUGGGCUUCUGAAUUCUGCUGCACUUUAGAAAUUUUGUCAUGCAUUAAAAAAAAAAAUAAAAUUAUGCCAAUGGGUGGGGGCAAUACAGAACUGCAAUGGCAGCAUUCCAGCCCAUGUGGAGAGGGUGAGAAGAGAGUUCUCCCAUGUGUAAGCAUUCUCUGCAGACUGGAUUAGCUGCAUUCAAGAUAUUGUGAGUUAAAAGCCUAAAAAUCAGGGGAGUAGUUAAAGCUGUUGGGUUGCAGUCCAGGGACCUGAGGUGAUGUGAUCUGCCUGGAUCUUGUGGCUUAUUUCUUGCUACUUCGUGGUCAUAAAUAAGGUCAGGCUUCAAAGUCUAAUUUUAAUGGUGUCUUUGAUGCUAGAUGGACUUUGGUAUUGCCUGUUUCUUGGUGUUUUUGACUUGGAGUUCUUGAGAUUUUUUUCCUCCAUUGUAAAUUUAUGUUGCCAACAACAACAAAAACAGCACUAAAACUUUUAUCUGCUGACGUCUGUGUUGGCUUCAAAGUCCAGUUGUAAUGUUAAUAGCUGUGAAGAUACUUGUGUGAAGUUUGUGCAUCUUUGAGCUUCUUGUAUUUCCUGGCUACAGGCUUGUUGAAGUACGCUGGACUGAAGACAAAAGUAAUGGCUGCUUUUCACUAGAGAGUUGAAAUUAGAGAAAGUAUGUGAAGUAUUAAAGAUUUUUCUCUAUAAAGUCGGGGGGUUGGCUCUCUUAGUUAAUCCCAUCUGUAAUACAGCCCGAUUCUUAUUUAGGAAUUCAGCCUCUUUCUUCAGUGCAUUAUUUAUAUUUUAAACUGGACAUUUUCACCAAAACCUUAAUUAACUUUGAUGCCAAAGGUUGAGACUUCAUCAAGUGCUUUUAGCACAUAGAGCUUCAGACUACUGGCAUAAAGAGUUAAUGAUAUAAAUGUGACUUUUAUGGCUUUUAAGAGAACCAAACAAAGCAAUAUUCUUUUUGGUCUUUUAAGAGUUGAUGCGUAGAAGGAGUAGAACUAACACAGAAUUGCUAUUUCCUGCUGCCACGUAACGGUUGGUCAGGUUCGUUCUAUUGAGGGAAUAUGUGAAUUUUUCUUCUUGUGUUGCUUGGGCAGUGUCAAUAAUUACUUUCUCCCCUGGUAAAGAUGUAGAGUGUUCUUGUUAUUGGUUUUGGUGAAAGUAGAAUCCAGAUAGCAACAGCUGCUGGCUGAUAUGAAGAGGUCAGUCUGGUCACUGGACCCUCCAGCAGUCAGAAAAAUGAACUUACAUUUUGACAGAAAAAUGAACUUACUUGAAAAAACAUUUUACUAAACCAUUUUCCCUCUAACCAAUUUUUGUAAUAUAUUAAAGAUUAUAUUUAAAGUUUGUAUGUGUUCGCUCUCGGCAAGUUUACUUCCCCUCCAACUUGAGCACUUUUGUUACUCGUACUGGUUAUUUUUAUUGUUGGUCUUAACAUUUAUUUUGUAUUUUGUUUUUUACAAACUGUAACAAAAAGCUUUUGUGAACCUUUGAUUCUUGCUGGCUCUUUCUUGGACCAAAUGAACUGACUAUGAGCUGGCUUAGAAGAAAUGUUCAUUGGGAUGCAUAGGAAUUUGCUAGCAGAAAUGUACAUGUAUUGAAAGCUUUCUUCCUCUGAAGUGCUUGAGCUGUGUCUGAAAGUAAUUGUUAUCUCACAUGACCACACCUUCAGUCUUGAUCCAAAAUAAUGGCUGGAACAAAGGUGUUCCAGGACUGACUCCGGACACCAGAACUGCUCUGUGGCUGGUCACUCUAUAACCACCCUUUUGAUUGAGGAAAGGCAGAAACCUCUGUUAAACUGCAGAUUGGCUGUGACCUGAGCUGCAGAGUUUAGUGAGGGAUUCCCUCCCACCUGUCAGUCUGACCACUGCUGCUGUGUACUCUUAGCGAUCCGCUCAUCUAAAUUCUUAUCUGCUGGUUCAAACCGCUCUUCUCCCUCAGUCACUGCAGGUUAUACAAUGACAGACUGUAUUAACUGUGCUGUAAUUCAGCCUUAGCUUCACACUAGCAGUGCCCAGCGCGGUUGUCUGUGAGCAGGUGCCCCACAUGCUUGCAGUCAGUAGGAAUUGCAGGAGCAGGGAGGGAGUUUAUGAAGAGCCUUUAAUUUAAAUCUGAUCUCAGAAGUGCUGACAAAGUCAUUGCUGUGCCCGUAAACCGAGUGGUCACCAGUAGCUCCCAGCAGCUGAGAGCAGUGCAGGAGUUCCUCAGUGCUGUGUCCCAUCUCUGGUGCACGUAACGCUUCCUCCAAGCAGUGCUUGUACAGAGAUGUAUCUGCACGCUCAUCUCAGCAGUCAGACAGCAACAGCAGCGGCUGGAGAGGCACAGAGCAAACUUGUGACAUCUCCAUUCUUUGAUAAUGGAGACGAGUGGGAGAAGCUGACAAAUUGUUGUUAAACUGUUUGGACAUUGUGUUGUUCUUCAUUUAGGCUCAUGUUAAGCCAACGACUGGUCUGAACGCUUCUGUAGAAGGAACGGAGGCUUCGGAGGUUCCUUCUUUAAGGACUGCUAGGAAUGGUUUCAGCCCUAAAGCACGACUCCUCAGGUGUUGAGUUGUGCCUCACUGUUCCUUAAUCUCCUACAAUGCUUUCUUUUACAGGUGACAUGGCUGUGCUGCUGUUUUGUCCUAGCAAUACUGUACAUCAUUUGUUGUUUCACUAUAUUGUAUCUUGAGGUAUCACAAUAAAAGCUUUCAAUUGUUUUGUUGA